GCUCAUUUGUUUUUGUCACUGGAAUAAUCACUGGAACUGUUUUCACUUUCGUUUUGGGAUCUAAGUGUAUUUAAAACACUUGGACACUGUUAAUUUUGGAACUACUGUAACCGUUUUGGAUUUAGCUAAUUUUGCAACUGGAUGUUUUUGCCUUCAUCAUUUUUAAAUAAGAAGAUUUUACACCUAAUAGAUUGUGGGAUAGGUGCUUGAAACACAAGUUGAAUCAAGUUAAAUGACAAAGCUGUGAUCAGAAAUCUAAGAACUAGUGAGUAACUCGGUGCACAUGGACAGGAGCUGCUCCAUUAAAAAACUAAAUAAAACAUUAAUAUUGGGGUAAAAUGAAGGAAUAAAAUGGAGGAAACCAAAGAUUUCACAGACAAAAACACAAAAAUUAGAAAGCAUUUUCAAAACAAACGAGAAUAUGGGAAAGUCAUCUGCGGAAAUAUUGAAAACACUAGAGGCAACCUCUACAAAAAAAAGAAAAAAGAAGGUAAGACAUGACUUUGACAUUCUCUAUAAGUUAAAAAAAUGUUUUAUACAAUUAGAAAUUAACUUAUUUGAAACUUUGAACUUGUUAAUAGACCAGGAGAAGGUUUUGCAGAAAAAAGAACAUGAUGUAACGCUUUCAAGUGAAAAGCGGUGUGUGUCUGUGAUCGCAAACAGUCUUCCACAGACCUCUAAUCAGUUACCACAGGUCAGAGUCCUGAUGCAGGACCCCUCCUUUGCCGCUAAAGAGAUCAGAGUGUAUAGAGAGAAUACUAUGCCAAUCGGGAAAGACAUCACAGUUGUGGAGAAGUUCAAACUGGUGGAAGAAGUGUUUACUCGAGAAAGCCAUUCAAAUUACCCUGAAGUUAAAAUCUGUAUAAGUAACAAUAAGAUAAUUUUGGAAGGACCUGACCAGGAAGUAUUUUCAGGAGCUAAAAGACUGGAUGAAUUGAUGAACAAAGUCAUACAAAAAACUGUUAAACUUCCCAAAGAGUUAAUAACCUUCAUACAUUUUAGUGAUGCCAUCUCCAAGUACAAGGUUGGCCUCCAACAAAGCUUUAGAAAUCCUGUUUCCCUAGAGGUUGGAUCAGAUCUGGUUUUGUCCAGUCUGUCCUCAGAAGCUCUGGAUGAAGCCGAAGCUGCAAUACUAAGAGACCUGACAGUGGACACUGUGCAGCUUCAGGGAGCUGCAGCUGUUCCUUCAGAUGUGGACAGAGUUAAAGAAAUCCUCACCAAAGCCAAGAAUGAAGAAAAUCAACAAGGUUUAAAAGUGGAGACCAGUUUCAUCCCAGGAACAAGUGGAACAUCUGAGACAAACGUCCAACUUAUAGGAUACAGUGAAAAUGUGAAGAAACUGAAAGAGAUUCUACAUGACUACCAAAUGAACCAUGCUUUAACUCAAGAAAUUUUGGAUAUAUCUCCAGAUCUGGUCGACUGUUUUGAUAAAGUCUUAGAUCUAGUUGGUAUAAAACCAACAGAGAUGAUAUUCAAAGCCUCAAACACUCCACAUCCUCAUGUGCUUGUGUCUGGUCCUUGUUGUCGGGUACAGGAGGUGCAGCAAAAACUCAGAGCAGCCACUUUGAUAUCAGAUACACUGGUUUUGUAUGGACCAGGGGCUCAGAGGUUCUUCCAGGCAGAAGGUAGAACAAACAUGGAGCUGGUGGAGACUGCCUGUAAGGUCAUUAUCAAGGAAGGAAAAUGUGUGGUCUCCCCAUAUGUGACAACAGAACCACGAAGCAUCAGCAGCUCCAGGACCAUCAGCUUUAGAAGUUUACAAAUGCCCAGAACAAAGGUGGAGAUCAAGCUCGGCAGUUUAGAAGAUCAGAAGGUGAAUGCAGUGGUGGUCCCUAUGCUCAACAGAAAGCUGACAUCUACUGGAAUUGGCAAAUGUCUUUCAAAAAAAGCACCUUAUAUUAGGCGAAAGUUUGUCCUGGCGGCAGCAAAGUGCACCAUCCAGCCUGGAGAUGUCAUGCAGGUUGAUGCUCCUCCAUCUCUGGGCUGCUCCAAGAUCUUCUUCAUUGAGUGUCUGCCGUGGGACGGAGUCAGAGGACAGAGUGUACAGGUUCUUGGUAAUGCAUUGAAGAGGUGUCUGGACCUCUGUGUGCAGCAGGGCUGCAGUUCAGUUGCCUUUCCUGUCAUUGGACCUGGACUGGUUCUAAAGUACCCACUGAGAGAAGCAGUUGAGGUCCUGACUGAUACCAUUCAACAGUUUGAAUUGUCUGCAUCUUCUGGGUCUCUGUCCACCAUCCAUGUUGUCAUUAAACCUGGCUAUGCUAAUGCAAAAGAGUGCUACCACGAUAUCUAUAGACUCCUCAGUUUGAACAUGACCCAAGGAGGCCAAGUAAUUUUCAGGUCAAUCAAUACUGACCUUGAUGAGAUCUCCAUGACUGUGGAAGGCGGCGUUAAGCUAACGCUGGUGUUUGGUGACAUCACUAAUGAGACCACAGACGGCAUAGUAAACACAACUGACUUUGUGAAUUUUAAUGGCGAUGGUGUCUCCAAACAUAUCUUAACUGUAGCUGGUCCAGAGAUUGAGGCUCAACUGAAAGGAGCAAAAGUGAAUCAGGGAGAAGUUUUUAUUACAAACCCCGGCUCGUUCCCUUGUAAAGCUAUUUUACAUGUGUGUGGAAAACGAGAUGCAGGUGUCAUUGAACAACUGGCCAGUAAAAUAAUUCAACAUUGCGAAACCUUUGAAUUAAAAUCUGUGGCCAUUCCUGCCAUCUGUGCUGGUGCUGGUAAAAUGGACCCUGUUGUUGUGGCAGGAGCCAUCCUGCAAGGGAUCAAAACCAUCACCUCAUCUACUCCCCUGUUCUGUCUGACUGACAUCCGCCUUGUGCUUUUUAAGAUCAAUGUCUUCUUUGCCUUUAAAGAGAAAGCAAUGCAAGUGUUCCCUACUGGUGUUAUCAACGAAGUCUCUGCAUCUCAGAUGCUUCAUGUACAGCAGCAACAGCAACAACAACAACCCCUGUUUGCCAACACAGACCUCAACAUCCUCUGCACCAACUCAAGAAACGAACAUUCUGUCUUUUGGUUCCUGGGUCUCACCACACAGACUGUAGACACUGCUAUGACAAAGCUGAAAGAGCUCUAUCGGGCUCAUUGCUCCACAAAAACCUUCACCCAGGAGCAACUGAAGGACCUCAGCCAAGACAAUAUAAAUGAUCUAGAGCAGCUGGUAGAAACCCAGGGCCUGUACAUGCAGAGAGACCAGUCUGGACAAGGCAGCCUGACAGUGUGUGGGUUAAAAGAUGGGGUCAGCCAGGUGAUGCAGAUGGUAAAUGGGUUUCAGCAGGGAUCCCUUGUAAGAGAAAUGAGAGUCAGAGAUGAGGAUGAGUUGUACCUUCGUGUUGCUUGGUGCAUCCUAGGAUGUAAUGGAAACUGGGAGAGACUCCCCAAAACAGCCAAUUAUGACCUGGAAAACAAUGAUGCAUCAGGUGAGAUGGUGGACGCACGAGGCAACUCAUGGAGUGUGAAUCUGCAGGCAAUGGAGGCCACAAGACGACAAACUGGACAAAAGACAAAGCUAAAACGACUUGAGAAUCGUCCAGACUUCACUCUGCCUCUGUAUUGGGACAACAUGACGACUACUGAGACCAUGAAGGUGGUUGUUCUACAUCCUUCCUCUGCAGAGUACCGGGCAGUGAAGGAGGCCUUUAAACGAACUGACACCAAGACUGUAAUAAAGAUUGAGCGUGUGCAGAACAUCCACCUGUGCCGUGCCUAUGAAGCACGUAAGAAGCAAAUGUCUGAUACGAACAAACUGGAGGGUGGAACCAGAGAAAGGUUUCUGUAUCACGGCACAAGUCAGGACAACUGCAGCUCUAUCAUAAAAACCGGCUUCAACAGGAGCUUUGCUGGACAAAAUGCAACUUUAUAUGGUCAUGGAACUUACUUUGCUGUAGACGCCAGCUACUCAGCCAAUACCAAAUACUCUAAACCAGCUGCUGAUGGUUCUCAGUUAAUGUUUGUAGCUCGAGUCCUGACUGGAACUUACACUCUUGGCCACAGUGACACAAAGGUUCCUCCUCCACGUAAUGUGGAGCAGCCAGACAACUUCUACGACAGUUUGGUUGAUAACAUAAGCAACCCAAGCAUGUAUGUUGUGUUCCAUGAUAGCCAAGCGUACCCAGACUACCUCAUUACCUUCAAAUAAGCAUACCCUGAAAAAUGUUAAAAUAAAAUAGUACUGUAUAUACUGUGCAAGUUUAGACAAAGAUAAUAAUAUAUGGUUCCACAUGUUUACAGUAAUUGACAUGUUUCAAUAUGAAGAGUAGGUCACUUACACAAAUUUAAAGAGAGUUCUUUACAUCAAGAAAUGUCUCAAAGCUGAUAUGAAGUCUGCAAUAUAUACAGUUUGAGAUAUGAUCAAGCAGUAAAAUCAUGUUUUUGUUAGUCUUUUGAGAAUUUGGCCUUCUGUUUCUACCACUAUCUGACAUUCAUGUACACUAAAGAGGCACCAUAGUGUCACCACUUUAUGCUGUUCUUUAAUUACCACUUUGGUGACUUGCUGGAGAAGCCUGUACAGGUCUCAUGAAUGAGUAAUUUAAAUGUACAGUACAGAAAAAAAUAAACGUUGGCAAAACUAAAGGGCAAACCUUAAACUGUGAUAUUCAAAACAGAAAUAUGUUUCAAUAAGUUAAUAGUUUUAAUUAAAAAAUGACAAAUCUUGAAAUAAGUCAAAUUUAGACAAUUUAUAAAAAUACUUUGUUUCAUAAGCAGUGUUUUAUAAUGAAAGUGAAUGUUUUGAAGCUUUAUUAAUAAUAAAAGCAUGGAUUAAAAGUCUUGCCAUGAAACAAAA